AGCAGUGUAUUAUGGGAUAUAUUCUUUGUGGUUGCUGGGAGAAAAAAAGACGGAAGUUGGGUUACAGAGGUGAAGUUCAAUAGUAACUAAUAUCCUAAACUGAAAAAAACAAUUCAUUAACUGCUCAGUUAUGUUGUGGGGAAGCUGUGGUCCAUUUCAUUAACCAGUGGGCACAAAGCAGAGAAUCUAAUGCCAUACACGAUGCUAUCCUUGUAGGAUAAGCAGUUACAUUGGCAUUGUCGGGCAGUUUGAAGUCUCCUUAGUUAGGUCCCCAGUGGCACGUCUUUAGUAUGUGGGAAGCUACAGCACCUUGCUUAGACAUACAUGUGUAUGCUGAGGACGCGUAGACAGAAGCCACACCGACUGAGCAUUAACCCCCCUGAAGCAGAUCUGGUUCAUGCAUUGUAAACAAAAGUACGUUGGGCUAAACAGCUGCAAAGGAAGCACCAAGUCAUCGAGCCCUCUGGGAGGAGGAUAGUAGUAAUUGUUGAGAAUCGGUGGCUGUCGACAGACUAUUCAUUUACAAAGAAUGUCAGAGCCGAAGAACUCCUCAGCUCUUGCCUUACCUGAGAUCCUUCCAGAUCAUCCACGUGAGGAGUGCACAGUGAUGGUGGAUGACAUUUCUGAAAAGAAAUUCUCUUCAUGGGAGGAGUUCUGCACUUUCUUUGAUUCCUGGUGUGAGAAGAACAAAGUCUUAUUUUUUAAAAAGUCUGGUGUUCUCCUCGGCAAAUAUAAAGAAUCUGGAGAGCGACUUGAUCCAGAAUUGGUGGAAAUGUUCAAAUUUAAUAGAGCCUUUCUUGCUUGUAAAUACUAUCGAGCUGAUGGGGGACUUGUGCAAUCCAGCAAUGGAGAUUAUCGAUCUGGAUGUCCUGCUUACAUAAUACUGAAACUGGACACAGAAGAGAAGAAACUUGUUGUAACAAAAGCAGUUUUGGUCCACAACCAUAAGCUUUGCCCCAUUGAGUUUGCUAACUGCUUCAGAAGAGGCAGAUACCUGGGUGACGCAUUGUUUGUCAUUCGAAUGACAAAUAAGAUGGAAAGGCAGUUCCUAGGGGUGCAAGAUAUACGGAAGUUGAAGGUUUACUUAAGAAAACAAGAUCCUGAUCUGAGAUAUGUUAUAGAGAGACUGGGAGAGCUGUUUGUUGUAGAUCCUGCCGCUAAGGUCAAACUGGCCUUUGUGGAGAACCAUUGCAUUAUGAAGUAUGCUAUUCUUAUUACCUCAAAUAUGAAAAACCUGUGCCUCAAGUUCUCCCGUGUGCUUUACUUGAGCAAAAUUACCCAUAUGAGUGAUGAAUUUGAUUUUUAUACUAUGCUUUGUGAAGAUGCCAAUGGCAGAGGCCGGGAAUGUGUGUGUUGCAUUGCAAAGAAAGAUACACCUAAUAUUUUCCGCUUUAUUCUUGUAUCACUGGUCCAGAGUGUGCCAGAGAUCAAGUAUCAGGUUAAUUGUCUGAUAAUAGAAAAUUACUCAGAGGAGCUAGAUGUUAUUAGGGAUUUACUUCCUAAAGCUCAAAUUCAGUUUUGUCGGACAUGGGUUUUAGAGACUUUGUAUAACAAAGCUAUUGAGAUGGAAGGCUUUUUUCAUGACAAUAUUUGGGACUUGCUUUGCAAUCUCGCUAACUCCUCGUCACCAAGUUCAUAUGCUGAUUGCCUGAGGAAGAUGAAAACUGUGUUCUGCAAGGGAUUUGUCCAGUACUUCAAAAGCACCUGGCAUCCCUAUAAGGAGAUGUGGGUAGAGAGCUGGGCCUUUGAACCAAGUAAGGGGAAUGUGUUUAGGAACCUUGUAAGUGCACAUCAGCAGCUGCUUGCAUCUGAACUUCAUUCUACAAUGAAAUUUGCUGAUUAUGUCAAGAUUAUCUGCAAGCUUCAGACUCAGAAGGCUGAGACAGUAGACUUUGAUGAAGUAGAAGUUUCUAAACACUAUCAUGAGAUUUGCCCAGUUGAACUGGCUGACCUAGUUGAUGAGGAGAUAAGUGCUGCUAAGAGUGGGUGCUUCAAGAUCCGAAAUCAUAGUGACUGCUUUUUACUUAGUGAUGGAACCUCAGAUUAUACAGUAAAUCAAGAACAGACGUCCUGUAGUUGCACUAUCUUUGCUCUAACACUUUCUUACUGUCGCCAUAUAUUUGCAGCUCGCCUUUGGAGUGGAGAGUCACUGUUCAGCUUUCCGGACCCAUGCAACAACAUAAGCACUAAAUGUAAAAGCACAAGUACUGCUAUUUUGUAGCACAUUAACAGCCUUGUGUUCAGUUUAGCACAUUCAAAUCCUCAUGCAAUAUUUUAGUAAGAAAAAAUUGUAAAAUACAGAGAGCAUAUGAUAUACUUAUUUUCUGUAAUCUGACUGGUUUAUGUACUUUUCCAGUAGCCCCAGAAGACACCUGUAGAUUACUCUGUCAUUGAAAAAGUGAUUAUCAAAAAGGAAAACAUAUCCAGAAAAUAUACUUAACAGUGCAGUAGUGACCUAGAUUUUAGCUUCCCAGCUGCAGCUUCUGUACUGAACAAGCCAGGUGUUGCCAUUAGUUAAAUGACUUCAGAAGUGAAAUUGAGUGUUUUUUGACAGACAGUCAUAAAAAUCCCAAUGUUUACACAUUGGUGAUCUCAUGGAAGAGUGCCUAUCAGUAGUGUGUUGAAUGUAAGCCUGACACCUGUUAAGCUAUAACUUAAGGGUAUUAUAUUUGGACAUACGUGUACUCGUAUGUAAGACCUAUGACUGAUAGAGUUCAUCCAUCUGUUGCAGUAUUUCUCUGUAGUCACUGUUUCUCUACCCCUGCCUCAUCCUUCCAGUGCCCUGUCCUAAGCAGCUUUAAACCCCCUAGAAUGACUUGUUGUGUUUCACUGCCUCAGUUGAAACAUUCUGUGACCCCUGCUGCUCUCCCUGUUAAGUAAUAUUUCUCAUCUUUGUUGAACCAUCCCACUUCUAGUUGUUAUCCAUACCUCUUUCCUGUGUCCUUCCUGAUCAGCUCCACCUUGUUCAUAUGCUUUCAGAGCAAUGUGUGCAGAUCACGUUUCUUUAUUUUCUUGUAGUAUAUGUAUGUACUACUUUUUGUGUCUGCUUAUAACCUAGUCACUCCAUUUCCUUCACAGUCUUGGUAACUCUGCAGCAUAUGCUUUCUGCCAGCUUAGUUUCCUUUCCUCUGUGUAAUAUCUGUAAUGACCUUCUCCAUUUUCUUAACUCUGCAUUGUAUGCUUUCUGCCCGCCUAAUUUCCCUUCUUCUUUAUGUUCUCUAGAACUAUGUGAAGCAUUCCAGAUGUGCCUUUACUGCUACCUCUAUAACAGAAGGAUUAUUUCAUUUUUUCUGGACUCCAUUCUCUGCUUUAUCAACAUCAGCAUCAUCAUGACCUUGCCUUUUCACAUUGUAUAACUUUAUUGCCUUUAAUGAUGUGACCAGAUGGAAGCUAGUGUAGAAUGCUAGUUAGUAAAUCAUUUCCAUCUAAUAGUAAGAAUGUUUGGCUUGAAAUGGACUGUAACAUGAAGCUGAAAAUGAACUGUUUAAGUUUUGCUUUUGUGGUGAAUUUUAUGCAUAUUUUAAGACUAUACAGUAUCCUUGGCCUUAGCUAGAUUGGGGGUUGCUGCAGCUAAGGCAGUCUGUUAGCAACUGCAGAUUGAGAUUCUCAUACCUGAGCAUGUAACUGUGUAAUGGAGUGUGCAGAUGCUGAAGCAGUCACAUGCACUGGAAUAUGUGUCCAAGUUCAUUUUCCCCUUUAGAAAACUGAUAUCUCUUUUCUCUCUCUCUGUCUCUGCCUGUGGUACUAUUUUCCCUCACUUUCCUCAGCUCUGCAGAUAUACCUUUCCUUUUCCUGGUUCUGUAAGAGUCAGAUGAGGACUGGUAAAAAGCACCAGAGGCAGAUGCCAGAAAGUAAAAUAGGAUGUAAUGCAAUUUUUAUGAAUACAGGACACUGUCUAGAUGGCUGGGCAACUCGUUGAAGGAGUCUCAGUUGUACAGAAAAGAGUCAUUGUUGCACAGUGCCUCAUCUCCUUAUUGUUAUUAUCAGUAAAAUCGGAAUGCAGUGAUCCAGUUAUAUUUCCUAGUCCAGAUCUCCUUUAAACAGAAAGAUGACAGUUUUUUUCCAGCUGGUAUAAUUUUCAUCAGCAUGUCAUGCAGAUCAUUGUUUGUUAUAAAUGCUGCCUUUUUUAUCUUUAUAUUUCAGUCAUGCUGGUAUAUGGUUAUUCUGAGCAAAAUUUGAUUGACAUCAACAUUUUUACUUUGUUUAGCAGGGUUAAGAAUUUGGAUCCAUUUAUCAUAAAAUGGAUAAUAUGCAGUGAUUUAUUUAUCUUUUGUUGCUAUUCACAUUUUUGCUCCUUCACUAGCAACUAUGGUAUGCAGAUGGUUAUUGAGUCAGAGUGUCUGCAUUCUGGAAUAUUUCAGCCUAGGGGUAAGUGAAUCAGGCGCAGCCCCAUCACAAACCUUGGUUUAUAUAAUGCAGCUGUUCAACAAUAUGUAUAUGAUAAAUGAUGUAUUUGAGUGCUUCACACCGCCUUGAGAAUAAUGUAAUCUGCCUGUCAUGAGGCAGUAUGUCACCACUGACUGAUCAUAUGUAUUAUUAUUUGUACUGUUUCCUUGUCAUUGUAAUAAAUCCUAUAUUAUUUCUUUA